UGAAAAAAUGGCCGCCAUUUUGGAGUAAAAUGAUAGUCGCUACUGCGACACUGGAUUUAGGCAUAGUUUAGUUUGGCAGCCAAUUUACAUUGACACUUAUUUUUGCCAGGUUUGUGACUUAAUGUUACUGAUUCUUUAUAUUGACGAUGGAGAAAGUACGAAGAAUAUUGGUGCAUUUAUCUAAAGAGAGCGCAGCCCCACACUGUGCCCAGUUUGUUCAGAGUAUUACUGGACAUUUUGUGGGACGUGCUGAUGACCACACUACUGUGAACUGCUCCCUGGAAAACAACCGAUUUAUCCUGUGCGAGGGAACACAGGAGAGGGGAGUGCCUCUUAAGAGGGCGCCGUUCUGCCCAAUCAAAUUGCUCUCUACCUCAGAGGCGGAGUCGAUUCCUCAAGACACGCUCCAGAGAGGGGUGGAUGUGGGCGUGGCCAUUCUGCUCCAGUCAGCCAAUCAGAGGCUGUUGCUGACCAGGCGAGCUCAUGCCCUGAGGAUUUUUCCCAAUGUGUGGGUCCCACCUGGUGGUCAUGUGGAACUGAACGAAAAGUUGUUGGAUGCAGGCCUUCGGGAGCUGAAGGAGGAAACCGGACUUAAACUGGACCCUGAGGACAUCUCCUCCUCUCAACUGCUCGGCCUCUGGGAGUCUGUUUACCCACCAAUGCUGUCCAGAGGACUGCCCCAGAGACAUCACAUUGUCACUUACAUGCUGCUUUGCAGUAACUAUACACACCUGCAGCUACAGUCCUCCAUAAGACCAGAGCCUGCUGAGGUGAGUGCGUGUGUGUGGGUUGAUGCAGAACUGGUCAGGGCGAUCGUAUCUGCUAUGGAUGGGGAGGAAACGUCUUUGCAUAUUCCUGCUGAUCUUCCUCAGUCUGUCAGUGUUACUGAGGUGUCUCCUGAAGGCGAGCUGAUUGAGAUGGCACUGCCUGUGUCGGUUUUCUGUAACCGGGCUCCGGCUGAUGGUGAGGAUGUCGAGCGGGUCAGCACUGGAACCAAGUAUGCCUUAGAGCUUUGGCUGAGUACUUUGGGAGCCAGCUGUGAGAGGGGCUAACAACAAGAGUCUUGCUUUCCCAAUCUUGGGCCAAACCAACACCCAAUACAUUACCUUCAUAAUUCACUGAGGAUAUUUAUUUUAAGUGCCAUCAAAAAGAUGAUGAUUGUAUUCGAUAUGCAUCUUUGUUAUUGUUAUUGUUUUUUUAAGAUUUUUGUUCAUUUAAUUAAACUUGAAAUGUUUGCCAGCCACAAGGGGGCACUAAAGACUCUUUAUACAUCUGCCUGAAAUGUGAGGUUUUUACUCAGACACACAGGCUGAUGACAUUUAUUAAGUUAUUUUUAUGUUUAAAAUAUUCUUCUAUUGUUUUUUACAUUAAAUUAUGAAACUCAUUACACUCGUAAACUCAUUCUAACGCACAGUGCACCCUGAGCAUGUCACAGCGAGUCUUACAUAAGCCAUCGUCACAAGUUGUCUUAUUAGGUGUGGUCUUUUUCUUGUUGAACAAUAACAGUGCUGAUUUGUUCUGAUCUUAUAAAUCGCACUUAAAUCACA